AUGUUACCAUCAACUAACAAAGAUAAUUUACCCAUAUCACGGUCGAUAAAAUCAUUUGAGCUGAAUAUUUAUAAAGAAUGUGACUUUCCUGAAUUAAAUCUUAUUCUACGUUGUAUGCCUAAUCUUCGCCGAUUCAAUAUUGCAGCCAGAUCUUCACUAUCGAAUUCACCUUUCUCAGCAACCUUGUUUGAUGGUUAUCAAUGGGAACAAUUGUUGACAAUCCACGUGCCUCACUUGGAUACAAUUGAUUUUUACUUGUACAUGACAAAUCCAAGUCGAUCUAUUGAUUCGAUCGCUAUUAUCCAUUCAUUUAAAUAUUUUCUUACAAAAUUUAAUGAUUUUCAUGUGGCAAUUAGUCGAUCACAAUUUCGUCCGAAUGAUCAACGUAAGAUAAAAUUUAUUAUUGAUCUACUGAAUAGUGAAAAUCCGUGUGAAUACUUUUCAGGUGAAAAUGUUCGGUUACGUGCGUUCAUGUAUUCGAAAAAAGCACGACAUAUCUAUUUCUUGGGAGAAAAGAUGAUUCUUGGCUCAUUAAAUAUGACAUCAUCAGUAACAAUAGAUGCUGAAAAGCAUCUUUUUUAUUCUCAUCUCAAAAACUUACAUCUCUUCAUACCAUUGAAUAUGGAAGUUAUUUAUAUUCCAUCAUCUUCUCCACUUUUUCAAAACCUCGAUCAUCUUAUAAUUGAGUUUAUAUCAUUUAAUACAACAACACAGAGGAAUGAAUGGGAUUUAAUUGAUAAAAUCGAUCAAGAAGUACGUGCCAACAAUAUUAUGCGUUUCAUUGAUCUGAGUCAAAUAACAAAAUUGGAAUUUCGACCAAUGAACUUUAUAAAUCAAUUACAUGUUAUUAAACAAAUCUUAUUUCAACUGCAAUCAUUAUAUAUGAUACCGGAAAAUGUCUAUUUUCCUUUUGAAUAUGCAUCGAAAUUAGUCGAACGGUUUUCAUCAUUAGUACAUGUUGAACUUCGAAUAAUUUGCCUUGGUACAGAUGCAUUACUUGUUGAUACUCUUCUUGGUGGUUUGGCUAAAUUGAUUCAUUUAAAAAUAUUCUUUACCUAUAGACUAUAUAUCGAUGAACCAUGUUCAGUCGAUUAUGUUAUAGAAAGGCGUCGUCAAGCAUUUCCAUUUAAUAUUUGCAACAAAGAUGAAAUCCUUAUCAAAAUUGACGAACAAUUAUUGGAAAUUUAUUUGAAUGGCUGUUCAAUAUGUAUAAACAUUCCUUAUGCUACUUAA